AUGGCGUCCUCAACGGCAGCGACAGGACAACAACCUCAGCAAAUCAACAUCUCAGACCUGGAUCUCCCCCAGCUCUCCGAUGUGCGCAGACAGCUCGAAGAAGAACUGUCGCACUUGACAAACUCGUUUGCCCAGCUCAAACAAGCCCAAGCAAAGUUCCGGUCAUGCAUUGAGAGUGUGCAAGAGGUGAAGCCGGCGAACAAAGAUAAAACGAUAUUGGUUCCUUUGACCAAUUCCCUCUAUGUACCUGGGAAACUAAGCGAUCCAGAAAAUGUCAUCGUAGACGUUGGAACCGGUUACUAUGUGCAAAAAACACGCCCUCAAGCAGUCAAGCACUAUGAGUCGAAGGUCGAAUAUAUCGGAUCUAACCUUGAAACGUUACAGGAAACUAUACAGAAGAAGCAGGACAAUAUGAAUUACUUGGUGAAUGUAAUGCAGUCAAAACUGCAGUCUGCAUCUGCGAAAAAUGACAAUUAA